AGAGAGCACAGCGUGAACUUGACGCUUUGUCCCGACUCAUUGAUGUUCAAAAACAUUUGAAGGAGUUUAUAUUUGUUGAAUAUCCUGGUCGUUUUUGGUGGAGCCCUUCUUCAAGGCUAAAAAAUGUAGAACUUUCUUCGUUAAGUAAUUUGCUUGAUACACUCUUACAACAUGUGAGCAAAUCUUUGAUGUACCUUUCUAUAGUUAUGACGGCAGAAACGACAACUACUACAAUAAAUGCUAUAGAGAAAUAUCACCUUGACUUGUUAGAAUUAACAAUUAAACUUGAUCAAUCACAUUUCUUUGCCCUAAAAUCAUGUCCGUUUUAUAAUUGUCCGAGAUUAAAUAAAUUAGUUUUGAGUAGUUGGGGUUAUGUGGAAAUUCUUGCUGAUGCAAUUCUGCCACAAUUGGGAAAAUCUUUACCUCCGAGUGUGGAACAUUUGGAAAUAUUAGCACCGUGGAUGUUUACUCUUCGUACUUUGAACACUUUUUUGGAUAAUUGUAAAGCACCUUUGAGAUAUUUUGAUAUCCGAUAUUGCAGAGGAAUUACGGAUCAACACGUUAAUCUCAUCUGGAAAAGAUUAUAUAAUACUUUAGAAAACUUAAUUAUUUCGGAGAGGGAUCCUCCGUCUUCGGUUAUGGAUGUUGAUGAACAAACAAAUUCAGAUGGUCUCCAAGAUAAAAAUUAUGUACUUGAUAAUGAAAAUACUCAUUCUGGAUCAGCGAGUUCAAAUACCGAAAACGAGUCAAGAAAUUAUCAGACUAUUCAAGUUAGUAAUGAAG